CUCUGUGAAAAGCUAUAGAGGAUGAGUGCAGAGAGAGACAAAUGAAAUAGAAUAAUUACAGCCCAAGCACCACGGAAGGAUGAGUCAGCCAACAAAGCUAAAAAGAGAAACUUAUAGGAAGCAGAAGUAAAGAGGAAGGGGUAGGUCGGCCAUCUCAAACCUUCGAUGUCCCCCACAGCCAACAACAGCCCCACCGGAAUCAACCACUUCGGCGGCGGCGGCGGGUUCUGGUCGACUCUAUCGGUGCCGCCCUUAAAAACUGCCGUCGCCGUCACCGCUGUCGCGGGCCUCGCUGUGGUUGCUGCCGUUUUCUUCUCAACUACUAGUGGUCGUCUCAGAUCACCCUGGUCUCGUUUUAGAAAGAAACAUGCCCUCACGCCUCAGCAAUGGAGAAGUUUGUUUACACCUGAUGGUCGACUCCAGGAUGGUGGGGUCAAGUUCUUGAAGGAAGUUCGCUGCAGAGGUGUUGAUACUAGUAUUAGGGCAGAGGUCUGGCCCUUCCUCCUUGGUGUCUAUGACUUAAACAGUUCCAAAGAAGAAAGAGAUGCUGUUAGAAUUAUGAAAAGGAAAGAGUAUGAAAAACUUCGCAGAAAGUGUCGACGGAUCCUAAGACACGACAGUGAGAGUUGUAAGUUAUCUGAAACUGGUGGAACUUGUCAAAAUGGCGACAGCGGAAGUCUUAUUCAGGAGAUGGACACAUCUAGCUCUGAAGAUGUUGUUAGUGCCAGAGAAUCUCUCUCUAGGGAGGAAAGGAACCCGGUUGCUGAGUUAUCUGAUGAACCUUCGAGCACAUUGUUGACAAAUGAUGAUGUGUCAACAUUGAACUCGUCAGAUUCCGACUCUUCAGAAGACCCCGAAGUGACUGAGGGUUCCCACUCCUUGGAUGGUAGAGAGGAGAAUGAUCCUGACAUUGCUUCAGAAAGGAAUGUUCCUCUCUCUUGCACUGAAGGGAUAUCAAAGCUGCGUGCAACUGAAGACUUUUCCACCUGGCAGCGAAUCAUUCGUCUAGAUGCUGUUCGUGCCAAUGCUGACUGGAUGCCAUACUCUCCUUCUCAGGCUUCAGUAUCAGAUGAUAGGGCACGCCAUGCUGCCGAGGCUGUUGGGUUAAAGGAUUAUGAUCAACUAGAGCCCUGCAGAAUUUUCCACGCUGCACGUUUGGUUUCUAUCCUCGAAGCUUACGCACUUUACGACUGUGAAAUCGGCUACUGCCAGGGCAUGAGUGAUCUUCUUUCUCCAAUAGUUUCAGUCGUCCCCGAGGAUUACGAGGCAUUCUGGUGUUUCGUAGGUUUCAUGAAGAAAGCUCGACAUAACUUUAGGCUCGACGAGGUCGGAAUCAGAAGGCAACUCAAUAUCGUUUCCAAGAUAAUCAAAUGCAAGGACUCUCAGCUUUACAAGCACUUGGAGAAGAUGCAGGCAGAGGAUUGCUUCUUCGUUUACAGGAUGGUGGUGGUCCUUUUUAGGACGGAAUUGACAUUCGAACAGACAGUGUGCCUUUGGGAGGUAAUGUGGGCGGAUCAGGCAGCCAUUAGAGCCGGGAUUUCGAAGUCGGCGUGGAGCAGUAUGAGGCAGAGGGCACCACCAACAGAUGAUCUGUUGCUGUAUGCAAUUGCAGCUUCAGUGUUGCAGAGGAGGAAAUGGAUCAUUGAGAAGUACAGCAGCAUGGAUGAGAUUUUGAGGGAGUGCAACAGUAUGGCGGGGCAACUUGAUGUAUGGAAACUCCUUAACGAUGCGUAUGACUUGGUGGCAACUCUUUAUGACAAGAUCGAGUCGUCCUUUUGAUCUCGCAACUCAACAAAGUUUUG